UUUGAUGAAGUUCUACUGCAGCGACAAAUACUCAGAUGUCACUGUCAAAGUAAGCAAUCUGUCCCUGCCCGCACAUCGAAUCAUUCUUGCGCAGCACUCUGUCUACUUCAAAAGAGCCUUCCUUGGGCGCUUCCCAGUCGCAUCCAGCACCGUCAUCGAUCUAGGUGAAGACGACCAUUUUGAUAUGGUCCGUGCAAUGAUCAGGUUCAUGUAUACUGGAAACGUACCCUACACUGUUUUACCUGGCGAGAGUGUCGUAGAGGCAAUGGCCGACUUGUUCGUACUGGCUGACAAGUACGAUGUCGAGGGUCUGCGAGUUUCUGUGUGCAAUCACUUCACCUGCGCAAUUGACUCUGCCUUCUCUGAGGGCAAGAACAUCGUUCAGCACCGUUUCAUCACAUCCAUUGUCCCUAGGAUUUGUGGACUCAAUGCCCUUCAGCUUGCUGACAAAAGAUUGCGGCAAUCCAUCAUGAAACUAUGCAAGGUCCAUUGGUCGACGCUGCUUCUUGACGCUGACUUCUGCGCCUUGUUCGUCACUGGGCAGCUGUUUGACACCGAUAAUGGCUCAGGGUUUCUUCAACACCUUAGCUUGGAGGUCGACGAAAAUGGCCAACAUGUUUCGAACACGAAAAUAUGCUUAGAUACGUGGCGCCCAAUUCCGGACUUUGGUGACGGUCAGAUGGUUGCCGCACACAGAAUCCUUCUCUCCACUCACUCGGCCUAUUUCGAUGACAUGCUUAAGCGAUAUUCAGUUGUGAGUAACACCCGAUUGGCCUUCUUUCUCUCCACACUCAUUGACGACUUGAGACUGACACGAUUGCAGAACGACUGCAUCGACCUUGGUCGGGAGGAUGAUCCUAUUCUGAUCGAAACCAUGCUGCACGAAACUUUCGACCCCGAAUAUGUAGCCAAAGCGCACGACUUGGCAGCUUUCAGCGCAGCCAUGUGUCUUCUGACCAAGAAGUACGAUCUACGGGAUGCCAGCUACCGUCACCGCCACAGAUUCGUGGAGACUAUGAACAAAGAAAAGGAGGAACCGAGCUACCCUCAGGCAAUCGCUCUCGUGUGUGGUCCCGACUCUUCCAAAUUUGCCGAUACGAUGUUGCCUGAGAAAGCUUUCGAGAGCUGUCUCAAGGAUGCGAAGACCUUGAUGCUCAAGGAAGGAACAUUGUUCAGCGCAGAGUAUGCUGGGUGGUUUGCUGCAGAAUUGGCUACUCUCAUCAAGGAAGAC